GUGAGUCCCAUCAACAGGUAUAUUGUUUUACUUGUGUACAUACAGGAUUGAAUUUCCGAAUAUAGAAUGCAUAAUAUUCCGACGCUCAGAUUAUUCUCUGCAGUAUUUGCUUUCCUCGUUAUUUUGGCAGUAGUUUCAACGGCACCCUACGCAGAUUAUGACAACAAUAUCCACGAUUUGGUCGAACUGUUGAUGCAGAAAGAAAAUAUGGAGGAUCCCAUCGGUUUUCAUCAAGUGGAAAGAAGAAGAGGGCCUCAGCUAAGAUUAAGAUUUGGAAAACGAGCAGACGAAUUUGAUCCUUUUAUUUCCAAAGCAAAUGGAAACGAAAGACCUCCCUCUCUACGCCUACGUUUUGGCAAAAGAGCCGAUGAAGGCACUAAUGAAAGACCGACAUCCCUUCGCCUUCGAUUUGGAAAACGAUUCGAAGAGGUUCCCAUGCCAAUAUCUGGAUACCUCCCUAACGAAGGUGAAAACUAAACAUAAUUAACAUAAAAUAUCUGUCAUGAACAUUGGGAAUAAACAUAACUAAAUC